AUGGAAGCCAGCGACCCGGCUGCUGCCAGCGAUCCCUUGGCUUCUGGCCACGGCGGCGGCGGUAGCAGCGGCCGUGGCGACGGCGGCGACGGCGCCAGUAUCCAACAGCAGCAUUCGCCGGGCCGCCGUACGACGGAGGCGGCGGAUGCGUCGGAGGCGGCUGAAGAGACUCCAAAGUUGGAACCUGCUGCGGAGGCGGGGGACCCGCUAGAAUCUGGAUACGGCGCGGUGGAGGCGGCGGGACCUUCCGCCGCCACCCGGGACCCGCUAGCGGCGGCGCAGCGCUGCGCGGCAGCAGGCUGGGAUGUUGCCUUGUCGGCCCGGGAGUCAGCGCUGAUCGCGCGGGAGUCAGCCGUAUGUGCAAGAGAGGCGUCCGUGGCGGCACGUGAGACGGCAAUCACCUCACGGGAAUUGGCUUUAGCAUGCCUGGAGUCGAACAUGCAAUCUGUGGCCGUACAGAUGAAGCUGUUACCGCCGGUGCCGAGGGAGCUGGCCACGCUGCGAGCUGGCGUCGUCGGCGCUACCGGCGCCGUGCGACCUACACCUGUCGCGGCACGAGCUCCUCAUCCUGUCGUAAACCAGGGCGAAGGUGCAGCGGCUGGUGGGCCUCUACCAGCACACGGGGAGGCUGCCGCGGCGCAGAAGAGUCCGUCUAUAUGGCGAGGCAGUGAUGGCGGCAGUGGCGGCGGCAGCGGUGGCGGUGAUAAGGUGAUGUCUAAUACUCAGCGGCGCCGUCUGCAGCGGGAGCGGGCUCGGCGGCGGGCGGCAGGUGCACGACAGGGGCACCCGCAGGAGGGCGAGCACCAUACCGAACCCGAGGGGUCGAGGUUGGCGGAGGCGGAGGAGUUGCUGCAGCAGACGCAGCUGCCCGAGCUGCAGCCGGAUCAAGAGCGCUGUGGUAGUGAGGAGGAGGAACAUCUAGGAGCCCAGGCUGCACAGGAGGGGCAGGAGGGGCAGGCGGCACAGGAGGGCCAGGCGGCACAGGAGGAGCAGGCGGCACAGGAGGAGCAGGCGGCACAGGAGGGGCAGGAGGGCCAGGCGGCACAGGAGGGGCAGGAUUGCCAGGCGACACAGGAGGGGCAGGAUUGCCAGGCGGCACAGGAAGGGCAGUAG